AAGCUCCGCGCGGAGUGCCUCUUUACCUCUUUGUCUCUUUACCUCCACAUCUCUUACGACAGACUUUCAAGAUUUAAUGUGGAAAUUCUUCAUACUAACAAGUAGCCUCACGCGCGACAGCUUACCCAGGUACCUAAUCUAACCUAAUUCUUAAGAUAUUACCUCUUAAUUUAGUAACAAGUUGCUCUCGAUGUCAGAUGCACCGGAGCCGAGCUGAAUAGGCUUGACAAGGAUAGGAAUCUUGGGCUGCAGAUGACGUAUCUACCGGCAUGGAAUCUCGGAGUUGAAGUAGACUGACUCCUCCCGAAGGAUCGAAGUGAGAAAUAAUAAAUAUGCGCCUAGAUGAGCGGGUUAAAACCGAUGCGUUUGUGCGUUUGAUCCCUCUACUUCUUUAACAAAGGAGCCACACAACAUGAGAUUUCAAACCCCCUUAGCCACGACCGUGGUAGGGUCUCUAUUCCCCUUGCUGGCGUUGUGUCAAGACAACGUGAAUUGGAUUUCUGUGGGCGAUGACGGUCGUUCGUUUUCUCUGUCUUCCUCCAAUAUCUCCUAUCAAUUCCAUGUUGAUCCGUUGACGUUGGAUUUGAUCCAUGAUCAUUGGGGCGCCUAUGCGGCCGAGACGGUUCCCGACUUUAACGGCGUGGUAUCCGGAUGGGGCACUCCAUACACGUACAGUCGACGCGAGUUUCCCGAUCUUGGUCGUGGCGAUUUUCGAGUGCCGGCAAUCCAUAUUCAACACUCCGACGGGAACACCGUAUCGGCAUUUUCGUAUACGGGGUAUGAUAUUAGCCCAGGAAAACCUUCUCUCCCCGGCUUACCCGCCACUUACGGCGGCGAAGGGGACGUAUCGACACUUACUAUACGCUUAUACGACAACUACUCUGAUAUCUCUGCGGACCUCUACUACUCCAUCUUCCCUAAGUAUAACGCCGUUACUCGCAACUUUAGGAUUACGAAUAAUGGAAGCCGGGAUGUAACGGUGCUUCGAGCUAGUAGCUGGAGCACAGAUAUGCCGAAUGAGGAAUUAGAGAUGAUUGAUCUCUAUGGUGACUGGGCUGCAGAGGCUCGCAUUAAUAGACGCUCGGUCACGUACGGAGAGCAAGGCUUCCGCUCAUCUGCAGGGUACUCAUCUCAUUUCCAUAACCCGUUUCUUGCUCUGGCUUCUCCGAGCACUACCGAGUCUUCCGGUCCGGUGACCGGUUAUUCUUUGGUUUAUACGGGCUCGUUCUCCGCCGACGUCGAACGCUGGUCGACAGGCUGGGUCAGAGUUCUCCUUGGCUUGAACCCGCUGCACCUCUCGUGGUCUAUUGCACCAGGAGAGGUAUUUACUUCCCCCGAGGUGGUUUCUGUCUACUCAGAACAAGGGUUGGGAGGCAUGUCCCGGUCUUUCCAUUCGCUUUAUAGAAACCAUCUAUCUCGCUCGAAUUACACAUUCGAGACUCGCCCACCACUGCUAAACUCUUGGGAGGGUCUUGGUUUCGAUUUUAAUCAGUCUUCAAUGGUUAGAUUGGCCCAAGAUGCUGCUGACCUUGGCUGUAGUCUGUUUGUUAACGAUGAUGGGUGGUUUGGUACUGAUUAUCCCCGAAAUAAUGAUAGUCUCGGCUUAGGUGACUGGACUCCUGACCCAGCCAAGUUCCCUGAUGGUCUCAGACCCUACGUUGAACAAGUGGAUAAUAUAACGAUCCAGAACACCUCGGAACAUAUGGAGUUUGGACUAUGGGUUGAGCCGGAAAUGGUCAGUCCGGAUUCUGAUCUGUAUAAGCAGCAUCCUGAAUGGUGCAUGCAUGCGGGAAAUCACAACCGUACACUUCAAAGAAAUCAACUUGUUCUAAACCUUGGCCUUCAAGAGGUCCAAGAUUAUAUCAUUACGAUAAUCGAAAAGAUACUCGAUUCUGCUCCUAUCAAGUAUAUCAAGUGGGAUAAUAACCGUGGCAUUCAUGAGAUGCAGUCUCCUUCUGCAGACCACGCUUAUAUAUUGGGGUUAUAUCGGGUUAUUGACAAUCUCACGACUGUACACCCGGAGAUCUUGUGGGAAGGAUGUGCGUCAGGGGGGGCUAGGUUCGACGCCGGUUUGCUUCAUUACUGGCCACAGAGCUGGACAAGCGAUGAUACAGAUGGUUUAGAACGUCUUUACAUCCAGUUUGGCACAUCGUAUCCCUAUCCGCCCUCAGCAAUGGGUUGUCACGUCAGCGCUGUCCCGAAUCAUCAAACCGGCCGUACUACUCCUUUAGCCUUUCGAGCAGCUGUGGCCUCGAUGUGCGGGUCGUUCGGUUUCGAGCUAGAUCCUUCCACACUUACCCAAGAGGAACUCGAUACGAUUCCCAAACUGAUAUCUACGCAGCAGAAAAUUAACCCUAUCGUAAUUAACGGCGACUUCUACCGCUUAGCACUCCCGGAUCAGUCCAACUGGCCUGCAGCUAUGUUCGUCUCUCCCGAGCAUGACUCCGCUGUCCUAUUUGCUUUUCAGAUCCGAUCAGCCCUGAAACCAUUACCACCGCCGCUGAAGCUACAGGGCUUAGAUCCAAAUGCAAAAUACACGGUGAGCAAUGGGACCUGGGAGCAGAAUUGGUCUGGCUCAACAUUGAUGAAUACUGGACUAAGUUUGAGUUGGCCAAUCUCUGACUACGAAAGUAUCAUUUUGACUUUUGAUAGGCAUUGAGUUAUUUGCGGUAUGCCUCACUGUGAUUGCCUAAUUUCAAUGUCUAGAAAGUCUCGAGCUAUGUGUAGUUUACCUAUUGCUUAAACACUCACAGAGCCUAAAUAGAGUCAUUAAUCCAACAAGAAGUAGGAAGAGACAAUAUCCUUGCCUUAUAAAUUUCGAUUCUCGGUGCCGAAACUAUAGUUACGUCUAAGAGGGAGGGAUUCGGCUAGGACCGACCAUUUAGUCCUAGAGAAUCUUCCAGUCAAACUCCUUCUCCCAUGCGGCUGCUACCUUCAGACAAUCGACAUCUGCAUAUUUGCGACCUACUAUUUGAAUGGCCGUAGGGAGCUUUACAGUCGGGUCUUCACGAGCAGGUACGAAACCAACGGGCAGUGAAAGAGCAGGAUGGCCCGAAUCUUCUCAGUGAUAUCCGUCAGUAAUCUGUAUCUGAAGUAGAGCAUGGAUUUUCACAUACUAUUAAAUGGGCAAGUAUUGGCU